GGGCGGAUUCGGAGGGGCGCAUGCGCAGAAGACGUGGCAGCUGGCGUAGUGACUGGGGCGCAGCCUGUUCUCGGUGUUAUUGGCGGUCAGGAUGGACGAGGAUAUUUUGACAACGCUAAAGAUCCUCAUAAUCGGCGAAAGCGGCGUGGGCAAGUCCAGCCUUUUGUUACGGUUUACAGAUAAUACAUUUGAUCCAGAACUUGCAGCAACAAUUGGUGUUGACUUCAAAGUGAAAACAAUCUCAGUUGAUGGAAAUAAGGCUAAGCUUGCAAUCUGGGACACUGCAGGUCAAGAGCGAUUCAGAACAUUAACACCCAGCUAUUACAGAGGAGCACAAGGAGUUAUAUUGGUUUAUGAUGUCACAAGAAGAGAUACAUUUACUAAGCUAGACAAUUGGUUAACUGAAUUGGAAACAUACUGCACAAGAUACGACAUAGUUAAAAUGCUAGUUGGAAACAAAAUAGAUAAGGAAAACAGAGAAGUUGACAGAAAUGAAGGUCUUAAGUUUGCCCGAAAACAUUCCAUGUUAUUUAUAGAGGCAAGUGCAAAAACAUGUGAUGGUGUGCAAUGUGCUUUUGAAGAACUUGUUGAGAAAAUAAUUCAGACUCCAGGACUGUGGGAAAGUGAAAGCCAAAACAGAGGUGUAAAGUUAUCGAACACUGAAGAGGGCUAUCGGGGUGCCUGUGGUGGCUAUUGUUCUGUGUUAUAAACUCUGUAGGAUUAUUUACUUAUUUAAGAGGUAGAAAUAUCCUCUGUACAUAAACUCAUAUCUGCUAUUUUAGGGACCUUGCAGUUUGCACAUAUUUGUGUAGUAUGACAGGGAACAUUUUCCUUGGAAAAUAUAUUCUGCAGCUUUUCCAUUGGAGAAAUGCUGUGAUAAGCAUGCCAACAUUGCAACGUUCUAGUUUUUUUUUUUAAUUCAUAGCAUCCCAUUUUGCUAGGGACAUAUUCAUAUUUCCUAACUUUAUCAUGGAAUAUUUGGACAACUUUAUGUUGACUGUAAAAUCUGACUGGUCUCUAACCCAAAUCACAGGAUUGUUUGAGAUACAUCUUAAAUGAUGCAAGCAGAUAGAAGUAAAACAUGCAUUUCUUACUUGCAAUUGCUUUUUCUAACCUGUUUAAUAGCAUAAUGAUACAAUCUUUUUUUAGCUAUAAGCAACACCUUUUUUAGCUUGCAACUUGUCCUGGGGUGAUUGUGAACUUCAAGGGAAGGGAAAGGAUCACUUUUUAACUGAUCACUGCAAUAACUGUACUUUGCAUCACAAAGUUCACAAUGCAAAUCUGUAGGAGGAUGCUUUCUGGUUAAGGACUUCACAGAGUCCCAUUGUUAAUCAUCUUGCCAAGUUUUGAACAUUUCUUUAUGCUAUUAGUGUAAUUUGGACUUGGUAACUCAAAAACUACUGCGCCUUGGUGUUUUAAAGCCUUGAAUUAAAUGGCUGUUGCAUUUGCAGCUAUUGUCUCUGAUCCAUAAUUGUUGAAAGUGUCUCCUGGAUAUGUGUGUCUGUGUAAGGAAUAUGUUUUGUUGAGGUUUUGCUGUAACAAACAGCCUGUGGCUGGCUUGUUUCAAGAGAACUUGUAUCGUUAAUAAAUUUUUUUCGACAGUAUUGUUUAUUCCCCUCUAAUAUCUUGCUCAUGUAUGAAUGACUUUUGUAAAUCAUAAUGCAAGGACUACUUCUGUUAUAUGCAAUACUGGUACCCCCUUCUCAUUAAAAAUUAAUAAUCUAAGUAAGCAAUUUAAAAUAUUGUGCGGUUUCCUGUAAAUAUGGAAAUAGACAUGUUUAUGCUUUUUUGUACACUUUACAAACCAUUGUUGGUUUUUCAACCAAAAAUAGACUGCUGUUCCGAUUUGAAUGCACUUCACUUAUAAUAUUUCAUUUUCUUUACAUUUUUAGAAAACCAUGGAGAUUACUCUAAUGAAAAAUUGCAUUUAAAAUAACAGUGUUUCAUAUGCAUUGCAUUACACAUUAUAUAAUGCCAAUUGAUUUCCAUCUCUUUUGCUGAAUAAAUUAUAGAUCAGCAAACUGGCAUGUUUCUUUGUAAGGCAGGUAAGAGAAGAAUGAAAUGUUAUUGUAGUGUUUAUUUAGUGUAGUGUUUUUAACGUAAUAAAGAUUUGUGAAGUAGGAAUAUAUCCCAUUAAAAAAACAUGAUUUGCUUACGUUUUCCCCUGAUGAUGUUCUGACCCAUUUGAUGUUUUGGAUUAAUUUGAGGAAUAGGCAUUUUUUUUUCAAAAAUCCCCAUUUUCUACCCCAAGGUGAAACUCAUAUUGUGUGUCUAAAAAAGUGGAGCCCUUUGAAUUAUAGAAAUAAUAAAAUCCUUUCAUGUUUUA